GAUAUGGAUGCAAUUAUUUUGAUCAAGGAACAGAUGAAUUACGAUUGAAUGAAAUUACUAAAUUAUCUGAAAAAUUCGGAGAUUUUUUUCCUUUAGUGACUGAAUUUGGUGGCAUUAUUCAGUAUCAAAUUGAUUCCGUUUAUGAAUUUUUAGAUGAUGAAGUAAAAAUGAAAUUUCUUAAGGUGUUUGGACAGAAGAUACUUCAUUUCGACACUAUUGAUAUGACUUUUGAUGAGGAAAAUAUUAAAAAUCGCGAGGAACGUGAAAUCUCUGUUCCCACAAAUAUACUCGCAAAUAUGAAAGAAAAUACGGAAAAGUAUCAAAUAUAUGCAACAGUUCUGCAUACUGAAGAAGACAUUU